UCAGUUUGUUUUCUGGUUGAGUUGGCAUGCCAUGUUGAAGGCUUUGUUAUGGUAAACUCAUCCCUUAUAAAUUAUAAUUAUAGUUAUUAAAUUUAACUAAUUAGAAUAAAAAAUCUAAAAAAUAAGUUACUAAAAUGACAAUUUUGCUCUUACAUUGGUGACAUGCAAACUUAAACAUAUCAUGGGAGAAUUUUAAACAAAAAAAAAAACCCUAAAUAAAUUUUAAUAGUGUAUGUAUUUUAAAUUAUUAAGUUUUGCAUUUAAAUUAUUAUUUUUUAUCAAUACAGUGAUAUACAGUGCAAGGUCUUGGAUGUCAUUUCCCAAGUUUCAAUGACAUUUUUCCGAAUACAUCCCUGAUUUAUUCUGAAUUUCAAACAUGUAUAAUUCCUAUAAAGAGAGGGAUAUUUUUGCAAAUAUACAGAGUCUUGGUCUCCUCUUCCUUCUCUUCCACGUUUCUCGUUCUCCAUUCUCUUCUUCUCCGACCUUCAAACCCUAACCCUAGAAAAUAGAUCUCCAAACCCUAGCAUCAAGGCAAGCUCUGGAGCUCCCCUUCGUCGAUCGGAUCUAUCGACGACGAAGAAGACGUGGCGAUCUCACUCGACCACCACCACUUCCCGAUGAACUCUAACCCUCCGGUCGCCGGUGCUGAAUCCUCAUCGAGACUUGCGCCGGGGUUCCGUUUCCAUCCUACUGAUGAGGAGCUUGUGGGCUACUACCUGAAGCGCUACAUCCUCGGCCGCAAAAUCCCCGUCGAUGCUAUCGCCGAGGUCGAUAUAUACAAACACGAGCCAUGGGAUCUCCCGCCGUUGUCCCGCCUCCAGAGCCGCGACAUGGAGUGGUACUUCUUUAGUCCCCUUGAUCGCAAGUACUCCAACCGGUCCCGGACCAAUCGGGGCACCGCCGGUGGGUACUGGAAGACCACGGGUAAAGAUCGGCCGAUCCGGAAUGGCACACGCUGCGUUGGAAUGAAGAAGACGCUCGUCUUUCACUCUGGCCGUGCACCGCAUGGCGAGCGCACUAACUGGGUCAUGCACGAGUAUCGCCUUGAAGACGAUAACCUCAAGCUCUCCGGUGUUCCUCAGGAUGGGUAUGCCGUUUGUAGGAUUUUCCAGAAAAGGGGUACGGGUCCACAGAACGGGGCGCAGUAUGGGGCACCGUUCGUCGAGGAGGAGUGGGAGGAAGCCGAUGAUCUUGCGAUGGAGACAGUGAACGGAGAUGGUGUGUUCGUUGGUGGUGGGAUCCAGGAUUUCUUUGAGGAGAAUGACCUAUUGCAAGAACCUGAAAAUUUGCCUCUUUCCCACGAGAAUCCUGAUGAGCAGGAUGCUGGGAGCCAUCUUGAAGACGUACUUCAAUAUCCUAUUUUUGGUGAUAACGCCAAUGGUGUUACUAACGUACCUGGCUUACUAGAGGAUCCAACAUUGACUAAUAUUGUAGGAGCGAGUGCUGUGAAUCUAGAGCAAUUUGAAAUUUUUCCAUCCCAAAAUGAUGGUUUUGUGGAGCUGAAUGAUUUUGUGCGAACUCUGGGCUUGGAUGAGGAUACAAAUGAGUCAGCUGAAUUUUUCAGCGGGUUUCCUGCUGACCAGAACAUUCUUAUUGAUGAGGAAGAAUGUGGUAAUCCUCUAGAAGUCAAUAUAGAGGAAUUCUUUGAUAUUAUUAAUGAAAACCUUGACGUGCCGCAACAACCACUUCAAAUACCUUCUGCUCUUCAGGAUGUUCAUCUGCAACCUAAUGAUUCUCAAUUAGCUGAAAAUGUUCCAAUGUUUUAUGAUGCGCCCAACCAUGGUCCAUCUUAUGGUCAAGAUAGCUUUUCAUGUUCUAAUGAAUUUUGCCCACUGGAGGCUGAGCCAUGGGGGUUUGAUAGGGUGGAUGAGUUGAUGGAGUACUUUGAUGCAACAGAUAAUAGCUUAUACUACAAUUCUUUGGUCCCUCCAGGAAACUUGGGGAAUUUUGAUUCCUCCAACUUCAGCCAGGCCAACCUUUUUGUCGAGUUUGAUGGCAGCAGUGAUCCACCUAAUGAUGCGUUGCCUCAAGCUUCGGACACAGAUGCUGGACUGGGUGCAUCAUCCUCUGGAACAUUACUGACUGCAAAUGAAUUAAUUAAUAAAGACAAGAGUUUCAUUUGUGAACAAGGUUUUGACAAAAAUAAUGCCAGUGAUAAGACCUUCUCAAAAAGCCUUGUGCACAUGUUGGGCUCAAUACCUUCGGCCCCUGCUUUCGCAGCUGAGUAUCCUGCAGAUCCAGUUAAAUCGCUUGCCUCGAGUUCAGCAGACCUUUCAGUUAGCUCUCUCCAUCUAACUGCUGGGAUGAUCCAUAUAAGCAGUAUGGCAGUGGUAGACGGUGCAAACCGCUGGUCCUUGCAGAAGAAUGGGGAUAUGAGUUUCCUUCUUUCAUAUGGAAUGUAUGGUGAUGCGAAAUUAGGCCAAAUUGUAUGCCUUGAACCCAUCACAAAGAUGUCUAGUGGAUUCUUGUCAAGGAUGAUUCGAUGUGGUUUCUAUUGCAUCUUCCUUUCAACCCUAAUUCUCGCAGCAAACUGCAAGAUUGGGGUGCUUAUAUAUACAAGGUAAGUUAACGGGUACAUGAUGCUGCUUUUGUGACAUUCAUGUGGUAUGACCCGCAAAGAUCCAUAGAUGUUAUGUGCCAGCUUAUGUGCUCUAUAACUGUUGUUGUUACUAGACUGUACUAAUAGAUAUUUGCAUGUGGUUAUCCAGGAUGUCUAGCAACUCUUACCCAUCACCAGGUUUGUCACCUUUGGUGGUUUUAUGAGUAUGUUGCCGAGCAAUGGUUGAACAUAUCUAUCUAAAGUGAAGAAGAUAUAUAUGUUUGUUUUCAGAAUUCA